AUGGAUCUAUCGGCGGCGCCAGAACCUGUAAGCUUCGUUGAGAGAAUCGCCAAACUGCACGCCAAGGGGAAAUCACCGACUGGUAUGUUCGGAUUCCCUGUCUCAACAGUGCUAGGCAAGUUCGAACGUACAACAACAUGGGAAAAGAGCUGGGCAGUGUGCUUCGCAAAUCAGCUCAAAGACGUUAUCAAAUAUGAUAACGAGGUAAAUGGUCUAUGGCCAGAGUACGACCUUGCAUGCGCACAACUCAUCCCCAAAGUUAUUCCAAAACUCCUGGGUGCCCUACAAUCGGAUGGCAGAAGUAUCGAGCCGGCACUGAUUCACGGCGAUCUGUGGGAACAGAAUGUCGGGAUUGAUAUGGAGACUGGUGAUACGAUUUUGUUCGAUCCAGGGUCCCAACAUGCCCAUAACGAGAUGGAGUUCGGCACCUGGAGGGCUUCUUGGGCUUACCAGUUCAAUUACCCAGUAUAUAUGCGACUGUAUCAGCGGCAUAUCGAACCUUCCGAACCUGUAGAGGAGUGGGAUGACCGGAACCGACUUUACAGCCUGCACCCAUACUUGAAUGACUCCGCGGGUCAUCCAGGCAGUAUUUCAAGAGCCACAGCCUACAACGAUAUGCUAUAUCUGUGUGAGAAGUACGCACCGUUGGAAAGCUUAGAGAGGUACCGUCCUGAGAACGAUGUCAGUGUCACCGGGGCUUAUGUGCAGCAUGAGACCCACAUGAUGAAAGAUGUCCAUCUCAACCAGACAACAAUGUCGAGUGCUUCUCAGUCUAUUCACACCUGA